UAACGAUUAUUACACGUAAAUCUAGUUUACGGGAAUUCGGAUAAAAAGGGAAAAAACGAGACUUAAAAAGCAAAGCAGGAAGAAGAAGACGAACCGGAUUUUCGAAAUUACAAUAUCCGGAUCUGGUUUUACCAAAGAAGAAAAAGCAUGGGGCUGCUUUCUAACAGAAUUGAUAAGAAGAGCCUGAAACCAGGGGAUCACAUUUAUUCAUGGAGGACUGCUUAUAUUUAUGCCCAUCACGGCAUCUAUGUUGGAAACAAUACGGUCAUCCAUUUUACAAGACGUGGCCAAGAAUUUGGUACAGGAACUGUGCUUGAUCUCAUCCUGGUAAGCUCUGGGCCAGCUCAAUCUCAACUGCAUUGCCCUACCUGCACUCCACCUGAAGAAGGUAAUGGUGUUGUUUCCUCGUGCUUGGACUGCUUCCUUGCUGGUGGAAUAUUGUAUCGUUUCGAGUAUGCAGUCAGCCCUGCUCUCUUUAUUGCAAAAGCAAGAGGUGGAACCUGCACUCUUGCAGUCACUGAUCCGGAUGAUUUAGUGGUUCAUCGAGCAAAAUACUUGCUCGAAAAUGGAUUUGGUUGCUAUAAUGUAUUCAAGAACAACUGUGAGGAUUUUGCAAUCUAUUGCAAAACUGGGCUGCUCGUUCUGGAUCAUUCGGUUGGACGAAGUGGUCAAGCAAUAUCUAUUAUAGGAGGCCCUCUUGCAGCUGUGUUGUCAACUCCAUUACGCCUUGUUACUACAAACAUUUAUGGUAUGGCAGCUACAGCAGUUGGGAUGUACUGUGCAAGUCGAUAUGCAGCUGAUAUCGGCAUAAGGAUGGAUGCAGUGAAAGUUCCAGUGGAGGAUCUUACGAGAAGACUGGCAGCCGGCUUGCUUCAGGUGAUUGAACCUCAACAUUUGGCAGCCACUGCCCAUUAGCAUCUUGUUGCUCCAAGUUUUUAAUCCGGUGAAACUCUGAUCUUUCAAACGCGUUGUGAGGAUUUCCAUAUCUUUCAUUUGCUGUUUGCAUCUUUAUUAUUAAGAUGGUGGUUUGCUUGAUAAAGUUGGCUUUUUUUAUGCCCUUGAUAUGUAGUGAUUUGUGCAACAAUAAUGACGACUUAUAUAAGGAGUUUAUAAUUUAUUUGUUUA